AUGGCAGAAGAACAGGAUGCCAACGACCCGAGGCGGCGACAGACAACACGCAACUACUCCAAUCCCGAUUCCCCCAAUUCGAUAGAAGAUGGCUUUGCGACAGCCACCACCGUCACUUCGCAACAACAGCAACAACACCAGCAACAACACCAGCAACAAAAAGAAGACCAGACGAAAAACUAUAGUACCGGGCCACCAACUCCAACACUACCGCCACCACCACGAGUAGACGACGAUGAUGAUGGCCUCACCACCGAUAGCGACAGCGACACCGAGGACUACACACGUACCCGCUCCAACGUAUCAAAUGCCGCCCCGAACCCGGUACCACAAAAGCCAAAGAAGCCCGGCAAGCUGGCCGCCAUAGCUGCCAAGCUGGGCCUCGAUGUGCCCACAGUCCUCAUGAUGUUCAAAGGCUCUCUUCCCCCAACCAUCGGCAUCGCCAUGUGCCAAGCCCACCCCAUCGCCAUGUACUUCGGCACCGUGGGCUACCUCGUCCCCAUCAUCUCCGUCCUCGCCAUUGCCAUCCUCCCCCGUGGAAAGUUCCUCAUGAACACGGUCCUCAACCUUUUGGCCAUCUGCUUCGGCUCUGCCGUAUCCAUGCUCGCCCUUUUUUCCGCCGUCAAAGCUCGCGAACAUACCACUCCCGCCGACGCCCCAGUUUCGCCAUACCCGACCUACAACUCGAGCCAGUCCGCCGUCUGUGCCGUCUGGCUGUUCUUCAACAUCUGGCUGGGAAAUGUGGUUAGAGCCAAGAUGCCGGCCUUCAACCUACCCAUCAUCCUCUACAGUAUCCUGGUCAACAUCGCCGCCACUUUCGGCCCCAUCAUGACCACCAUGACCGCCGCCAAGAACUUUGUCCAGCAGCUGCUGACAGCCAUGUUGCUCGCUAUGGCUAUUGCCCUGGCUGUCAACCUCAUCAUCUUCCCUGUCAGCAGCCGUCUGGUCGUCUUCAAGGAGUUCGCUGGUGCCAUGGGCCUGUUGAGAAAGACGUCUGCCCUGCAAAAGGCCUACAUGCGCAGUCUCGAGUCAGAGGAUAUGUUCGCUCCAGCUACGAGAACCGAUACCUGGGCCAGGAAGGAGGCCAAGAAGGCGAAAAAGGCGAAUAGGAAGCCGAGAAUCACCAAGGAGGCCAAGGCUGCGAAGGCGUUGAGCGAGACGGCUGCUGCCCUAAGAGAACUUUCUGGAAAGCUACAUGCGGAUAUGGCGUUUGCCAAGAGAGAUAUUGCCUGGGGCAGGUUGGACGCCAAGGACUUGGGUCAUAUGUUUGCUCUGCUAAGGAACGUGUACAUCCCUGUUCUGGGAAUGACUACCAUCAUCGACAUUUUCAAGCGGGUUUCCGAGACUCAGGGGUGGUACACGGAAGAAGACACGCCACCCGAGGUGGUAGCUGAGAAGGAGAUCGAAAAGCGGGUAUGGAACGAAGUCAUGAAGCAGAUGCACGAACCCUUCGAAAUCCUCUCCGAAGCCAUCGACAAAGGUCUACAACACGCUGCCCUUCAGUUAGAUCUCACCCCGCGCCCCAAGAAAUCCAAGACCGCCGAUGUGGAGGAAAAGGCCGGUAAACCCCUCGAGCCUGGCGAUUUGGGAUAUGCUCAGGUCAUCCAUGAGAAGGUUACCGCCUUCUAUGCCAAAAAGGGCGAACUUCUGAAGAUUUGGGUCAAAGAGAAGGGUCUCAUCUACGACGAAGAAGGGUUCUCCGCCCAGGACCAGGUCCCACUCGAGCGCCAAAAGCGUGACCAAGCCCAGCUCAACAUUCUGCUCUACAUGGAGAACCUGAUGCACGCCUCUGGCAACGCCGUUUACGAAUUCGCUGCCUAUGCCGAUUCCAAGGUGGAAGAUGGGACCAUGUCCCGGAAGCGGCUGAUCAUGCCGGGUUUCAGACGACUGGAGAAGUGGUUCCUUGCGGUUUUGCGCAACGAAGACUCGACAGCCGAAGGAUCGCCUGACCUCUCAGAAAGCAGCAACACUAUUGUUUCAUUCGGCGACGGGUUCAACAACAGGAAAAAGGAUCCCGAGCAUCUACCACCCGCUACAGCAUGGGAACGCUUCGGUAACCGCUUGCGCAAGAUCUCAAAGUUCUUUGGAUCCGAAGAAUCCGCCUUUGGCUUCCGUGUCGCCUGCGCCACCAUGUCCAUUGGUAUCGUCGCUUACCUCAAAGACACCCAAGCGUUCUUCAGAGAACAACGUCUCGUCUGGGCUAUGAUUAUGGUAGCCAUCGGCAUGACCAUGACUUCUGGGCAAUCCUUGUUUGGCUUCAUCUGCCGUACUUGUGGUACUGUGGUAGCUAUGGUGUUGUCGCUGAUCGUGUGGUAUAUCGUUGAUGGGCAUACGCCGGGUGUUAUUGUCUUUUUGUGGUUGAGCGUGUUCUUGUGCUAUUACUUCUUUUUGAAGUAUCCGAGGUUCAUUCCGGCGGUUAUGAUCACCAUUGUGACGCAGGUCAUGAUUGUUGGGUAUGAGCUGCAAGUCGAGAAGAUUGGCAAGGCGGCAGCAGAGAGAACGGGGCAGCCUGUUUACGAAAUCUACCUUCUAGGCCCCUACCGUCUGGCUUGCGUUGCUGGCGGCUGUCUUGUCGCCUUCAUCUGGACCAUCUUCCCCUCCCCUCUUACCGACCGGACCUGGCUCCGUCGCGACCUCUCAGCAACCCUCUACCUCGUUGCCAAUUACUCGUCCAUCAUCAACUCCACCCUUCAAACCAAGCUUUCCGAGCAAGCAGGCGAUGUCAACAUGAAGGGAACACCUGCUCACCAACUCUUCAAAUUCCGAUCCAAGAUCUUCGGCAAGCUGAUGAUGCUCAUUCCCUCCAUGUCUCAGCACUCGGAGUGGCAGAAGUGGGAGCCCACCAUCGGUGGCAGGUUUCCCAGGGAGGUGUACGAUGAGAUCAUCCUCAGGAGCAAUCGCAUUGUCGCCUACUUGACACUUAUGAGCUACACGAUUACCAACCCGAUCCACGCCCCCACCAGGAUCAAGCCAUACGCUUCGACAAACCAGAUUGCCAGCCCCCGCGCAUCGUCAGUGGCCGUGUACCCGAAAUGGGAUAACCAAGUGGCCGAGUUAGUAAUGACUUUGGAGCCUACACAUCACACGAUCUUGUCGACCUUGACUCUGCUCUCCAACUCCUUGCUCUCCGGCCAAUCCCUCCCACCAUUCAUGCCGCUUCCGCGCCCGUACGAGAUAACUCGCCGCCUAAUUCGCCUAGGAACAGCCAGUCCGCUACGCAGCCACCCGGCAAGCCCGUACAACUCUGGUGACGAAUCCGAAUCCGAUUUCGACGACGAUCUCUACGACAGGCCCGAGCCAUUUAAGUUCAUGGACUCCCGCUCGGGCGAAGACGACUACGAGCACGUCAAGCACGAAAUCAGCCACCUCUCUCACUUGCAGCAUGAUUCUCGUAAUAACCGCCACUCCCUUUCCAAUGUUCAGGAGAAUGUCAAUGCUAGCGGCGUCUCCCCUACCCAAUCACCUACACACUCCCCUAGCGUCGGCUCGGCCCACCUCGCCUUUUCUUUCCCUCCUGGCCUCCAGGCCCAUAGUCCUACUCACAGCCGCAACCCAUCGUUCUCUCGACCAAGAGCGUUUUCGCCUCCUCACUCUCGCGCUCACUCGCGCGCUCCAUCGCGUGCGCACUCAAGGGCUCACAGCCGAGCGAGAUCAGUACAGCAGACUAACCAGAACUUGCUGGAAGGUCUGUUGCAAGAUGAGCCGGGCUACGCGGAGUUUGCGGUGUUACAAGUGUGCACAGGUCUCGUCUGCGAUGACUUGGAGGGGCUUGUGAAGGCGAUGAUUAGCCUUGUGGGAGUAGUCGAUUUCAGUUUCCGCGUGGAUAAAAGUGAGGAGGAUGUACAUUUGGGGAGGAGGGCCAGUUUGGCGAGGAAGGUGAAGAGGAUGGGGACAAUUGGACGGGGGAAGGGGAAAGAGAAGGAGAAGGCGAAGGCGCAUUGA